UAUAGGCCUGCUGAUACAUUCCAGAACAUUUCGACUGGGAUGGUUCCUCCAUGACCUCUAAGAACGCAAGGUCGAGUCAUAAUUCUGCAAAGGUACUGAUUAUUGGUGAAGGAUUAGUGAAAUCAUGAGAAUCCGAUAAUUGAUGUAAACGAAUCAAAUAUAUGUGGCAAAUAACCGUUGGUGCAAAUACCGAAUCCGACGGAGUGAUGUUUGCCGACAGCCGCCGAGGAGAAUCAGGGAUUGCGUAUCUUUGUGUGCAUGCAAGAUAAAUCACGGAGCUCGCUAAUCCAGUGUACUUAAUACAGUUGAUCUUCCCUCUGCAAUCUCGAGGCAAUGGAAUUUGUCAUCCCCUCGGGUCAAAAUUGCCACGGCACAGCAGCUGUAUUUAUGCUAUAAAUUAAUAUUUAGUUCGGAUUAUUUUAUUAGCCUAUUAGCACCUUCAGUUCCGCGCCUCUCUUCUCAGAUUUCGAUCUCACGCUGAACACCCACCACAGCCUUCAUUCUUUUAGAGCCUUUCUCACCAGGAAAUUAGUUUCAUAUGCAGAGACAGAAACUGCAAUGUCAUUUCCUAAGAGUUUAAAUUUGAGAAACAACAGUUACAUUGAAGGCCCAUUGAUAGAGGAGUUCACAUUUCCUGCAAGUUCUGCUCCCUUCAAUAGCUGUCAUGCUUCUACCAUUGUUGAGGUUGACAAAGAGCACUUUUUGGUUGCCUAUUUUGGGGGUGCAUUAGAAGGGGCAUCUGAUGUGAAAAUUUGGCUGCAGCAUAACAAGAAUGGCUCUUGGCAGUCACCUGUUGUCAUUGAUGAAGAACCAAAUGUUCCAAUGUGGAACCCGGUUUUAUUUAAACUUCCGUCAGACGAGCUGCUGAUCUUCUAUAAAAUAGGUCAAGAGGUUCAAAAGUGGAGCGGAUGCAUGAAGCGAUCAUAUGAUAAAGGUAUUACUUGGACAGAGAGAGAACAACUUCCUCCUGGCAUAUUAGGCCCAAUAAAGAAUAAGCCUAUCUUGCUGGAAAAUGGUCUCUUGCUCUGUGGAUCAUCCGUCGAGAGUUGGAAUUCUUGGGGAGCAUGGGUGGAGGUUACUGCAGAUUCUGGAAGGUCAUGGAGAAAGUAUGGCCCAAUUUAUGUAAAAAAUGAAUCUCUCAGUGUGAUUCAACCAGUUCCUUAUCAGACUGCAAAAGGGACCUUGCGUGUUUUACUGCGAUCCUUUGAAGGUAUUGAUAGGAUUUGUAUGUCAGAGUCCCGCGAUGGUGGCCACAACUGGGAUUAUGCAAAACCUACCGAACUCCCCAAUCCAAACUCAGGUAUUGAUGGGGUCAAAUUGAGAGAUGGCUGUUUGUUACUUGCGUAUAAUACAAUCUCAAGGGGUGUGCUUAAAGUUGCUCUCUCUAAGGAUGAUGGUGACACAUGGUGUGAUGUUUUGACGUUGGAGGAGAAUUUGGAAAUGGAAUUCUCAUAUCCAGCUGUUAUCCAGGCUAGUGAUGGGUCCGUGCACAUCACAUACACAUACAAUAGGACACAGAUCAAGCAUGUAGUCCUUAAACCAAGCUGAUACAAUCUCACGCUGCCAAAGAGAAGGUCUAUUCUUUCAUCAUGAUGUGGCGUAAUUAGGUACUGGCAAUUUACAAUUACAUCGGAUAUGCCACAGUUUCUGACAUACAUGCAUGCUGUUUGUAAUAAAAAUUUUCUGAACUCUGAUCUGUAUUUGCACCUAACAAAUAAUUACAUUAUGUGCUUGCUGAA